UCUCUCUAGAAUGGAUGGAUCAUUCCCUAAAGUCGACAUUGUAACAUUGUAUGCGAAGGCUUUAACGGAUAUAACGUCGGGAGAAAGUCCUGGAUGUGGUAUCAAUUCCUUCUCCAGCUCACAUUCGUUCUACAGGCCGCCGGCCUCGGCACCCGGAGUGGAACGCGCUCCUGUCUGCUGUCGGUUUGUAAUGAUAUCAAACAUUAAGUGAGAACGGGCUAUGCAGAUGAUCUUCGAACUUGACCAAUGGCGAUGCCUUGACUCCUCUCAUUUCUUUCUUGGCAAUGUCCUCGCACCGGAGCGUAAAUUGAUAUGUCAUGAUAGCGGCGUGCGCAUUGCGAUACAAUCAUUGAUUGGCAUAGUCGGAACGCGUUCAACGAAUUGAUGUCCGAGAAGUGUUCUCCCCGCGGCCCCCUUAUGGGAUAUUGACCAGAAGGAAGGGGGAUAUUUGGGAAGCCAACUCUGUUUUCGCAAAUUGUAGCUGAAACAGUGAUGCGUGAUGCAUUGAUGAUG